GCGGCAAGCCCUUCAAAAGUGUCAUUUUUCGAUUUGUGCGAAGUCGUGUAUCGCGUUAUUUAUCAUGACAUAGAAAAUAUUUGCAUUCACAAUCGUUUAUGAAUACCUUGAUCUUAGAUCGAUGGAUACGCACAUUUUAUCUUAACUGUGUCAUGUAAAUAGACCGUGAAUUCGUUGAAUUGUUUAAGGGGUGAUAGAUGGGGGAAAUUUUAGUGCAUUUGUGUGUUGUGCUGUGAUAGUUACGAUGGAUCGCCGAUGUUCCCAGUCUGUGCGGACACUUGUGUUCGACGAUUCAGACUCUGAUCCGCCUAAACUCGGACAGAAGAAGGAUCUGUCGUCCACUGGAGCGCCAUUGUCGCUGAACCAGAGCGCUGAAGAUGCGACCAAAACUUCUCGACAGUCGAACCUCGUGCGUAUGCGCAGGUCCGCACUCGGGAAGUCAGCACCUACACUCUCUGUUCACGUCAAGGAGACAUGCGCUGUGUCUCGGCGACCGUCGAGGCUGCCUCCGCCGCCCCCGCACCACCGGCUUUCACUAGUGGUCGGGUCAGGCCGUUGCAGUUCUCCAGGCACGGGACCUCUAUCACCAGCUGAAGGUCCUCGAUGGCCACACGUGCACCAUCCCCAUCCCCUGCACCACGCACUCCUGUCAUCCAGCGUCAAACGAGGGAAGGAGCUCGAUGGUCGCAGGUGGUCGGUGGCGUCACUUCCAUCAUCAGGCUACGGGACUACUCCGGGGAGCUCUAGUCUAUCUUCGCAAUGCUCGUCCCAGGAGAGGCUGCUCGCAGUGCAGGCGGUGUGCGAGCCGCCGCGAGCUCCGUGUCCACAUUGCCAUCAGCACCAGAACUCGCUCAACAGUUCACAGGGCAGCGGCAUGAACAACUGGGCGUCGCUGUCGGACAGCGGCGGCAGUGGCAACACCGCUGCGCGCGCGCCCUCGCCGCAGAGCCCCGCGCGACGCGUGCGCAGCAGAAGUUUGAGUUCGCCGUCCCGCACGGGUGGCGGGGGCGGGUCCAGCGGUGGCUCGGGCUCCAGAGACGAUGCGGUGUCCGCCAUGUCUGCACUCUUCGCUGCGCGCUUCCCCGCCGCGCAGAAAGCUAUGGAUGACAAAUUACGAGCGUUAAUCGACGAAGUGCUAGAGUUGGACAAGAAGCCUGACCGGCCGCCCAUCGAGAGAUUUGUACAGAGACAGGUGUUGGAGAUGGCUCGCGACUGCUUACACAAGUCGGAGUCGAAGCAAGUCACCAGCACCUAUUUCUACGACAUGGCGGAUAGUCUGGACAGGCUACUUGCUGAGACUAGAGAGAAAUCAGCGGAAGCCGGCAACCAAGUAGCUCCCCUGGUGACUCGGCUGAUACUCGCCAUGGCACGGCCGGCGCGCCUGCUCGAGUGUCUCGAGUUCGAUCCCGAGCGGUUCUACCGACUGCUGGAGGCCGCUGAGGGACAUGCCAAGCAUCAGCAGGGUAUAACGACGGAUAUCCCGCAGUAUAUAAUUCACAAGCUGGGCCUCUCCCGGGACCCGUUAGCUGAACUCCACGCCCCACCGCCACCCCCACCGCCACAGAAUACCUCGCCUUCCAAAACGCGAGGUCGUCAGUCCCCGCCCAGUGGGCAGGGCUCCACCAACGCCCCGCCCUCCGAGAACGACUACCAUGUCAUCAAACUGAUCUCCAACGGCGCCUACGGAGCCGUCUACCUGGUGAAACACAAACAGACUAGGACUAGGUACGCAAUGAAGAAGAUAAGUAAAAACAAUUUGAUAUUAAGAAAUCAAGUGGAACAAGCGUUUGCUGAGCGAGAUAUCCUCAGUUUUGCUGACAAUCCUUUCGUGGUGACGAUGUACUGCUCGUUCGAGACGAAGCGCCACCUGUGCUUCGUGCUGGAGUUCGUGGAGGGCGGGGACUGCGCCACGCUGCUGCGCGCCGGCCCGCUGCCGCCCGACAUGGCGCGCCACUACUUCGCCGAGGCCGUGCUCGCCGUCGAGUACCUGCACUCCUACGGCAUCGUGCACCGGGACCUUAAGCCUGAUAAUUUGUUAAUAACGGCGACCGGUCACAUUAAACUGACGGAUUUUGGUCUCAGCAAGAUGGGAUUGAUGUCGUUGGCGACGAAUCUAUACGAGGAGUAUGCGGACAGGGAGGCGAGGCAGUUCUCCGACAAACAAGUCUGUGGCACUCCGGAGUAUAUCGCGCCUGAAGUCAUACUCAGACAGGGUUACGGCAAGCCGGUGGACUGGUGGUCGAUGGGUAUAAUCCUGUACGAGUUCCUGGUCGGCUGCGUGCCCUUCUUCGGAGACACUCCUGAGGAGCUGUUCGCACAUACUGUCAACGACGACAUCGAGUGGCCGUCGGAGGAGGACUUCCCCAUCGCGGUGGAGGCGCGCGCCAUCAUCACGGAGCUGCUGGCCAGGAACCCACGGGACCGGCUCGGGACUGGCGGCACGCACCAGGUCAAGGAACACGUGUACUUCUGUGGCCUGGACUGGAACAACCUGUUGCGAAGGAAAGCGGAGUUUAUACCGCAGCUGGACAACGAUGAGGACACCAGCUACUUCGACACGCGCUGCGACCGCUACAACCACAGCGAGGUGGACACGGACGAGGCGGCGGAGCCCCCCGAGGCGGCCGACGACGCCGGCCUCUUCGCCGCCUUCUCCUCCACCUCGCCGCAGUGGCGCCGACACUACCACCACUCCUGCGCUGAACACGACUCUAGGAGCACGGACAGUUGGCCCGGCACCCCGGACAGUGCGGGUCCGCCCACUACCCCCACCGCGCCGCUGCAUCACCAUCCUAAAUGUCCGAUGGUGGGAGGCACAUCGACAGCGGAGUCUUCCCAGACGGACAGCGACGACGUGUCGCCGGCGGCACGGCGCCGCGCCGCACUGCGGCCGCAACACGGCCCGCAACAUGGCCCGCACCACUCCCUGCACGCGCACCCCCUGGCACACCCCCACCCCCACCCGCACCCCAUCCCCCACCCGCACCCCGCGCCCGCCUUGUUGCCACAUCCCCAUCUAUCUACUACUUCUACAUCAAUGGCGCUUGUGCCUAGACUAUCCGAUAUAUCGAAGAAGGACGAGCCCCACAAGAGCCUUAGCCUGGACAAGCCCGACCGGGUCGAGCGCCCCGACCGCCCAGACCGCCCAGACCGCCCGGACCGCCCCGAGCGGCCCGAGAAAUCGCGCCCCACUGCCAUCGUCCCCAAGUCCAUGCGACGGUCCGCUAGCACGUCUGGACUGUCCCUGGUUAUACAUCCAGCAGACGACAGUACGCUGAGUAUCGGCGCGGGAUCCCCGUGCGCGGGCAACACGUCGUCCACGAACUCGUCCCGCGACUCGUCCCCCUGCCGGGACCCCCCCUCGCCCUUCGCGCUGCCCAGCCACUCGCUGAUCCAGUCGUCGAAGCCCCCGAUAGUGGUGCGGCGCGGGCCGCGCGGGUUCGGGUUCACCAUCCACACCGUGCGCGUCUACUACGGCGACACCGACUACUACACCAUGCACCAUCUUGUCUCGGCGGUGAACGAGCAAGGCGCGGCGUGGGCGGCGGGGCUCCGCGCCGGGGACCUCAUCACGCAGCUCAACGGGGAGUCCGUGCAGGGACUGCUGCACACGCAGGUUCUCCGACUGCUACUGGCCGCUCCCCACGCCACGCUGCGGGCGACUCCGCUAGACCAAACUACUAUACAGGCGGGUGGCCGACGUCGUGCAUGGUGCGGUCGUCGCGCGACGGCGCCCCCCCGGCCGCGCCCCCGGCGGCGCUGCUCGCUGUUCCGCAGGAUCUCCACCAAGCGGGCCUCGCAGGAGAUGCACCAGAUGGUAUCAUCGGGAGAAUGUGUAUCGUCCCCAUCCCCCGCGCCCGCGUCCCCCGCCGCCGACAGCCCGCUACAUACAACCACCACUACACACUACCAACGGCCAUCUUCCCUCCACGGGUUGAAGCACAAGUUAGUAGCAGGCGGUGGAGUAGGCGCAGUGGGAGGAGGGGGUGAAGUCCGCCGCGCCUCCCUGCAACACAUGCCCCUCUCCCCCCUCGCACGCACCCCAUCCCCCUCGCCGCAACCACAACCGGCCUCGCCUACUAGCCGAUGCGAAGCGCGAAGCCCCUCCCCCUUGGCCGUGCGGGACUGCGCGGGAGUGGGGGGCGUGGCCGGGGGACGGAGGGCGUGGCCUCGCCGGGACCCCGCCUCCCCACUGCUCAGAAGAGCUCUCUCGCCUGACAGACUACACCCCCGCUCGGCGGAAUCGAAGUGCUCGAUAUCGCCACUAUGUUGCGGGGGCGCGGGCGCCGUGUCAGGCUCAGUAGCCAGUGCGGGCAGCGGCGCAGGGGGCGCGCGGCGCGGCGUGGUGUGGCGGGCCGCCGCCCCCGCGCCCCCCACGCCCACGCCGCCCCCCGCCGACAAACUCGACGAUGCGCCCGCGCCGCUGCCCAGGAUCGCGGAGGAGAAGGACUCCCCUACACAUCAUGCUAGGAACUUGCCUAAUAGGACCCCGUCCAAGCAGGCGGCGCCCAGCAUCUUCACGUCGUCCCCCAAGCCGAGCCUGGACAAGUCGGCGUUCGACACGUCGGCCUCGUUCGCGUCGCUCUCUCUCUCCGACGAGUCCUUCAUUGACACGUCCGCUGAUCUCUCGCUACUGGACACGUCGCGAGAGGUGUAUUUGGAUGACAGUCGAACAAGCACGGACGCGAGCAUAAUUAUAGAAGAGAAACCGAAAAAGAUCACAAUACCCGACCCACCAGUGGAAGUACAGCCUAAAGCCAGAAAGAAAUCCGACUCUAGUCUCAAGGACGAGGACUUAAAAUCGAAAGACAAGCAAAAAACCAAACCAGAAAAGCCAGAAUUAAAAAAACAAGAUUCCAUAUCCAGAAUUGAAGAGAAAAUGGACUAUGCAGCAGUGUUGAAAGAAGAUAAGUCCAAAGAAAAAGUCAUGGAAAGGACUGGUUCAGUGAAAAAGGUUGAGAAACAAGAGAAAGAGAAAAAAGUGGAGAAAGACAAGAAACAGGAGAAGGUUGAAGCGAAGAGGAGUGAGUCUGUCAAGAGGAGUGAGGGGCUCAAGAAGCAGGAGUCUGUUGAUACUAUUAAGUCACCAGAACCACUGGAAUCGGAAGGUCGUUCGAAGAACAGCAUGGUCAGCAAGCUGCUGGGAGUGAUGGGGCGCAAGGGGACCAGGGAUAGAGACGAUGAUGACCACAGAGGAAGCAAGAAAGCUGAUAAACAUGCCAAGAAGAAGAGUAGUAACCUACCACCGCAACCACAACAACCGGUCAAGUCAGAACCGGUCACGCAAGAGAAACCUUCAGAUAGAGAAUCAGAAGAAAAGAAAUCGAAGAAAUCCCGCGGUAGAGCCUCCAGCUCGUCAUCAGGAGAAAAGUAAGACAGAUAUAUGUAAUCUUCAUAAGUGCGAGCGAGACGGACUUAUAUUUACACGUUCGGUCCAGCGCACACCGGCGGAGGCGCGGCAAAGAUACUAAGAAUAAAUCAAUUUAAAAUAAACCUUAAGUACUACGGCAUACGGAUGAAAACGGCAUGUCAAAGAUAGGAAAUGUAUCUUAGUAUCUUCGCCGCGUCUCCGCCAGUGUACGCCGGGCCUAGGACGUUGACUAAGUGCGAAAGUGAUAGACAUAUUUCUUCGAUAGUGUGGGAGUGAGAUAGAUAAAUAGAUUGAUUUCGUUUCGCUGUCAAAUUAAGCUUUUAAGUGGUGAUGUUAAGUAAGUUAUAGCGAGGUUGGGAAUUAGAUGGGUGGGUAUAUUCUAGCGUCUAUCGUAUUUUUAGAGGUGUUUAGCUUUGCUUGAGUGUAAAUACAGGGUGUGUUUUUUAAUCACACAUCAAUAUACAGGCUGUGUAAGAAAAAUCAUUUCCGAGUAAGUUGUGUGAUUUUAAAAUGUGUCCUGUAUAGACAAACGACUGUAUUUAGAGAAACAGCUCUUAUGAUCAUCUUCGCUGCUUCGUAAUGGGGUAAGCAGUUAUGUAAGUCGUGAGACAAGUAGUGAGAAGUAGGCUAAAGAUUGAUUCUGUGUUAAUUACGUGUUUAUAUUGCUCGUACGUGUUUCACGCCGGUUCGAUGGUAUACCGAUAUUUUACUUAGACUCUGUAAAUAGAUAUUUUCAAUGUAAAUACGAGGCAGAGUUUCAGAUUUCAUACAUUUUCUUUUAAAAUCGACUUCUUUGUGAUAUUUAUUUUAAACUACUUUUUCUACUAUAAUAAUAAUCUGACCAACUUUUGUAUGUUAAUAAUACUUACUAUUAAUUUCUUUAUCUUUCUUUAAAAGUCGCAUUUGCUAAACAAGUAAUCAAAAGCUGAUAUGUGUCAAAUAUUCACAUUAAUUGUCAGUGUUUCUGUUAAAAUCUUAAUAUUCAGUACAAUGUCUGGUUUCUCUGCCUUUUUCUAAACGUAAUUAGUAAUUAAAUUAAUUAAAACAUGUUUAAGAUUCUAUCGAGCUAUCGUACACUUAUGAAGAUUUGUUCAUUCAUUAUAAAACAUCAUCAUAUCAGCCACGAGACAUCCACUGCUGAACAUAGGCCUCCCCCGAUGACUUUCAGAUAGGCUGGUUGGAAGCGACCUGCAUCCAAUGGCGGCCGGAGGCCUUAUUGUUUUUCAGAUAGUCUGCUAUUUAGCACCUUGUAGGAGAGUAGAAAAAUAAAAUUAUAUAAGAUUGACAUCCAUUUUGACACAUGUCGAUGUCAUCUCCAUACACACGCGCUAAAGUGGCAUUUGGCUACAGGGUACAAGUCAGAACCGGAUCCCUGCGUCAUUAAAUUUUUUGUCGUAUACAAAAUUUUGUAUUCUGUAUACAAAAAGGCUUUGAGAAAAGGAUGGUACGGCCGUGCGUACUUUUUUCUACUCGUCUUGGCGGUGGCACUGCCGUGCCCCCAGAUUCGAAUGAACAAAUAUUCAUAAGUGCAUCAAACCGGCGUUCGGUGUUGUGAUUGAUACAAAUAAAUAAAUAAAAUAUAUUAAACAAUUGUAAAAAUAUAUUACUAAGCUUCAUUUAGACUGGUUAUAGCGUUAAUUGGUAAAAAAUUAAAUAAUUCUCGUGGCAACAACCUCUUUGGUGUGACGUUUUACAUGGCUAUGAAAAGAGAAAGAGUAAUAUCGCGUUCUCUUUCUUACUUUUUGAAAAAUGAGGCGUAAUGUGGUGUAAUGUUGAUUUUCACCUUGAUUGAUUUUCAGUUUGUAUAUGCAUAACAUUUUUUAUUAUUUCUUACUGUGAAAUAAAUUUUAAAAAUAUUAGCAUUUUCUUUUAAAUAUACUUAAUUGUAAAUCGAUUUAUUUAUCUAUGCCUCAUAUAGAUAGUGAAAUCUAAAAUGGCGUCCUCCAAAGUGUUGCCAGAACGAAAUUUUGCCGCGAUUUUAUUUGUACAUGUCGCUUUUCAGUAUUAAAAUAAUUGAGGCGUUUUGUAAAAUCUAAAAAAAAAUACCAUCAAACUUAAAAAAAAAUCUUUUUUAUUUAUAAUUAACUUUUUUUUUGUAAUGUCGAGUUUGUUCACGCACUGAUUGAUAUAGUUAUCAUUUUUUUGUCUUGUAUUUAAGGUCUAUGUUUAUAUUAAAUCUCAUUUUUUUAGUUUUAGUUUUAGUUUAACUUGUAGCAUUGUAUUUUUUUAGUAUUUAGUUUUGUCCUGUACAACGGUUUUGGCACUGAAAUGUUCGCUUUUUUGUAAAUAUAGUUUUUCUAGUAGGACAGGUAAGCAAGCAAGCUAAUGCAUAAUUAUAAAUACGUUUUGGUGACUAUUAAAUUAACUUUAUCUUGAUAUAAGUCACCAAAAAUUCAAAAUUAGAUCUCAUAUUUAAUUUAUUGAUUUUCUAAAGUAAUGUUCGGUGGCCAAUCUGUCUGUCCUCUUUUUUAACAAGCGACAUUAAGUGUCAUUCCCACUAAAGCAGGGCUCGUGACGUAUGUGAUAUAUUUGAUAAAAAUGCUUAACUGUCUUUAAUGCAAUAUUUUUUACUCCCGUUUUUAGUUUUGUAGAUAAAACAUUUUUGUAGUGUAUAUAAAUUCUUAUGAUUAGUCAUAAAAAUUUGUAUACACAACAAAAUAAUUUGUUUUUGCGUUUUUUUUACUAAUCUGUAUCUAAUAUUAUCAUUGUUUCAUUAAGUAAAUAUUGUCAGUUAAAAUUUCUAACGAAAUAUUCAUAAUUCUACCAACCUCGUUCGGGUUUGAGGAUAGUGUUAAUUUUAGUCACAUUCCAGUAUGUUUAAUAUCAGUGCCAUAAUAUGAGGCCUCUGGGACUUUUAAUUUGUUUUAAAAACGCUCAGUUUUCUGUCAAAAUAGACUAACCUGUCGUGUGAACACAGAUCUACGCGAGACACAAUGUAUUUUCUAUUGUUGUCUUAUAUACGGCAUACAAAAGCUUAAAGAACAAUUUUAUUACAGGUUAGAUUAUAACAUCUGUUUUCAUUGUCAAACUAUUUGAUAAAAUUGAGUUUGUACUACAUCAGAAAAAAAUUACUACAGUAUACAAAAAGUUACAUAUUUUAUACAUAAUUUUGUCUUCUUAUUUUCAAACGAAUUUAUGAUUAGUUUUCGUUAUUAACUAAGCUUUAUAAAGAAACCAGUAACUUAAUAUAAAAAUGACUAUAUUAUUUAGUCUUUGAAUAAAACAGGGGCCUCAAAGCAGUCUUCCGAACGAAAUACACGUUACAUUAUAAGUUUAAAAAACGUAUUCUGUUGUCAUCUUAUAAAGGUUUAAAUUAGUUUGUCAAAAAUUUGGUUAAUAACACUGUUUUUGUAUUAAAAAUGAUCUAAAAGCAAUGUGAAGCUAAUAAUUUUUAUUGAUGUUUAGUUUAAAGGCUGGGUUUCUAAUGUAUGACAGAGUUAUUAGAAGUCAAAACAUUUAUUGAAAUUAGAUGUUGGAAGACAAGUUCUUCGUCAAACAUUUACGUAAGUCAAACGAAAAAUAUGAUUAUAAAAAUCGGUAUUGAACAGUUUAUAAAGUCAACAACAGUCACUUAAAUUGUCUAACCGCCGUGUCAGAGUCAUUUAAUGAUGACAAAGUCCUUAAGAAUAGUUUUCGAUACAAAGUCGUUACUAAGGAAUAGUUUAAUUAAUCAUUAAUUGUUUCUGAGUGCGGCAGUAAGUAUAACCUCUGUCAUAUUAUUAGAAAUACAGUCUUUAAGAAGCGAAAAGAAAAAUAACAUUCCGUCGAAAUAACAGAUUUGGUUUAGCAACAAAUAAAACAAACGUUAUUUUUGUUAAUUGUAAAUAUUUUUAAUGAUUUUAAUCAAUUUUUGAAUGGACUACUUGUCUGCUUCUUGUACGGUUGCAAGAAUGAAAUAAGUAGUUUAUUCAGGUUUCAGUUUUCAGGCUUUGAAGGCAUCACAAUUCAUAAUUUGUGCUUCUAACAAAUUCUGUGAUUUUUAUAGUAUUUGUUUAUGAAAUAACUCUCUAAAAUUUAUAAGAUUUUGUAUCAAGAAAUAUUAUUUUACUUGAUGAAAAUUUAGCUAAAUGUCGAACAAAAUAAUAACAGGAAUUCAGUGUCAUGUUUUCAGUAAAGAGGCUAUGGAAUACGUAAUUAAAAUAGUGCAAUUAAAAUGCGACAUGACACCAAAGAAUACAGUAUCAUUGGCUAGUUUGAAAUUAACAUGAAAAUAAUAUUUUCUUCAUGCAAGAGUUAGGUUAUAAACAAAUACUAUAGAAAUACAACAGUCCUGAACAAAAUGUAUCCUUUUAUCAAUUUUAAACCAAUCAAUAUUGAUAAUAAGGACAAUUUUAUACGUAAAAUUAAUUAAACAAUGCUUCUUAGACAUUUGUUUGAGACUAAUUUCGUUAUUGUAAAGAAAUAUCGUUUUGUAAUACUCAUGGUUAAAUUACUUGUAAAAAUUAAGUGUAAAUUUAGUUUUGUUUGCAUGGUAACACAGGGUGGAAAAACGAUUACCCAUAAAAUGUUAUUUUCGCGCGCUAUGAGCAAUUUAUUAUUAUGGCAACUAUUUUUUAAUGUGAAGACCAAAAGUUUAAACAAUGAAUUUUGUGUAGAUUAUUUUUGAUCUUAUUGUAAUUGUAUGUAUGUAUAAAUUGCUUUCGGGACCACUAUUUAGAAAAAAUACGUUAAUUUUUUUAUGGAAGCAAUCUAUAUUAUUUUAAUGGAAUUGAGUAUAAAAUUUAAUAUGCAAGCUUCGCUCUGGGAUGGAGCCCUAAAUAUGUCGAAUGUUCUAGUGACAAGGAAUCGCUAAUAAGUUACAUGUAGUAAAUAAAUAAUACAUAAAUUCAUUUUUAUCUUCAUGUACGUAGUCUGCCAUACAAAAUAAUUUGUACUUGAACUAGUUUAAAUUUAAACUUAGCGUUUAAAAUGUUAAAUGUGAUUUAUAAAUAAAUGAGAAUUGUCUUAGUGAGGAUAUAUUUUCUCUAGCGUAUCGAUUAUGUGUAUGAAUUGAAUGUAUAAUGAAAUAAAGUCAUGAAUUAACUGUUCUUAA